GAAGACAUUUGGAGCCGUUUUGUUCUAGAGCUACGCUUGAUAGUGUAAAGUCCCGUACUCCUCUCGGGGAACAUUCAUCCCUUGCAAAAAGUUCUAGUUUUUGCAUCAAGCAACAAGAUUUGAAUCCGGCUGACGCUGUUUGACGUGCCUAAUCGAGUGCAAAACGUGAGCGAUUGCUUUUCAACGUGGUAUCGUAGAUUUCUGAGCUCCCUUGUGAAACGAAAUUCAUGCUCCAUCAUGACCACAGCUGCACUUCAUGCUAACAAUCCUCAUGCCAUGAGAGUAGCUACGAAUACAGGCCCUCGGCCACAACUUCGUCGAGCUGUCUACAUUCAUGUUUCGGACCUCACAAACGCCUACAACAUCGAUCACGCUCGCCUUGAGGAAGAACUUAUUAGGGUGCAAACUAACCGAGACAAACCUUCCGAGCCUAGCUCGUCUCGAUUUGGUGUUCCUACAGAGCUGGAUACAAGCGCCUCACAAAAAAGAUUGCAGCCCCCUCGUGGAGGCUACAAUCUAUGCGUUCUGGUGGGAAAGGUCGAAGUUGUAGUAGAUAAAUAUCGGGUCGAUGGAUCCCGGGUUCGACUGGCUGAAGUCGAAGUAGGGGACGAAACUGGAACGGUCUCUCUUCGAGCCAGAGACGAGCAGAUCGAUGGGCUAACGGAAGUUUCCCAGCGGGCUGGCGCCGUGGUAUUGAGAAAUUGCACCCUUGAGCUAUAUCAAGGAAAGCACAUUCGCCUGGCGAUCACAAAAUGGGGAAAACUAAACAGCUUUCCGGAUCAGAUCGCCAGUACUCCGCCUCCACCGAGCAAAAUGAAUCACGAUCGCAAUUUUUCUUUGAUUGACCUCAGCAUGGUUGCGAGCGAAAUGGCAAGUGACCCGUACAGGUCGACAGAAGCAGAUUCGCAUAACUCUUCCAUUCGUCAGCAGUCUUAUCCUCCUGCCCAGCCUAGACGCGGACAAGGCAGAAAAAGUUCUACACUCAAAAUGCAGACUGGUGCGUCGGUCGUCUCUCACCACUAUCCUACCAGUGCGAGCGCAAUCCCAAUGCCUUACAGCCAAGGUAAUUUACACGGCUAUGGAUACACAGAAAGCAUGGAGCCGCAACCAUACACGUACCAUACUCGACCUCAUGAAAGAAUGACCUCGGCUCAACAGCAGCAAUUGAUGAUGCAGCAACACUACGAAAUGCAACAACAUCAGUUACAGCAGAUGUACCAGCAUGCAUCCCAGGGCCGUCAGCAAAUGCUUUCAUCGCAGCCAAUAAUGAUUGCUCCAGGCUUGCAAGCCACCUCGAGUUUCGACACCGUUCCAGAGACUUCGCCGUUCCUUACCUCUGGACAUGGUGCUGCCGCAAGUCCUAAACAGCAAUCGCAAUCCAAUCCUACAUUGCGCUCAGACUCUCCCCAAUCUCAAGGGAAAAUGAACCCACAAGCCGCCACCUAUGAUCCUCCCUAG